UGUAGUGCUACUUUAAAUAAACUCUCAACAGUAUUUUUUGAAAAUUGUUUUUUUUUUUUGAAUUUGGUUUUGGUUGCUGGCGUUCGACGGAGGUUCAGCUGCCGGAAAUUUUCUCUCACCCAAUUUCAUCUCUCCACCUGUUUUCUACUUGCCUUUGAAUUUUGUGUAGAUCUGAAGCUAAUUUUUGAGGCUGACGAGAUUUUCUCAUAAUCUGCUUCUGGAUUUUGUUGUAAAUCUGGCGCUUAACAUCGGCUAUUUUGGGAAUGGGUUCACCCAGUAUAUGCUGCUUCUAGUUUUUCCUUGAAAAAUUUGGGUUUGAAGUUGAACUUGACAUGGAAAGCAAUAUAGAGGAAGCACUUAGAGCGAAAGCAUUUGCUGAGAAGCAGUUUGCAAUGAAAGAUGUCAUUGGAGCUCAGAAUUAUGCUUUAAAAGCUCAAAUGCUGUGUCCUGAGCUGGAGGGUAUAUCACAAAUGGUGGCCACAUUUGGAGUCUACAUUGCUUCUGAGGCAAAAAUUAAUGGAGAAUGUGAUUUCUAUUCAAUUCUUGGGUCGGAUCCAUCUGCAGACAAGUCCAAACUAAAGAAACAGUAUAAGAAGUUGGCAGUACUGCUUCACCCUGAUAAGAAUAGAACUGUUGGAGCUGAUGGGGCAUUUAGACUUGUCUCUGAAGCAUGGACGCUUUUAUCUGAUAGUGUGAAACGAAGCUCUUAUGAUCAAAGGAGAAGUUUGUUUGCUGGGUGCAGUACUGGGGCUGGUGGUUAUGACAACUGUACCAAGUUUUCAGCUUCUCAUUCAGGACUCGAUACAUUUUGGACCGUGUGCACCUCCUGUCAUGUUCAGUAUGAAUAUCUGAGGAAAUAUGUAAACAAGCGACUAUCCUGUAAGAACUGUCGUGGUGUCUUUGUUGCCGUUGAAACAGGGUUAGCCCCUGUCAGUGGUUCUUUCCCUUACAGCACCUACUCUUAUGCGCCUGAGAAUGGGUAUGGAAGUCAUGGUUGCGGAGUUACAUAUAUACCAAAAGCCACUGGAUAUUGUGCACCUACUGGCCCCCCAGGACAUCAUGCUGGAUAUAGAUCUGAGUAUGCCUCCAAUAUAUCAUUUCAGGGUACCUCCUCCAUAAAUUCUGUUGGCAUUGUAGAUCCUAAUGGACUGUCUACGUCUUCCUUUGUCUUUUAUCAAGCCAAUGAAGAGGCAAACAAAACCAAAGCAAAUGGAACAAAUAACAGGGCAAAGGGUACAGGUCAUGUGACAUCUAAUGGGUAUACCGGUCAAGAUGAUGUACCAAAACCCAGGCGUGGUAGACCUGCCAAGAAGAGAAAAAUGGACUUGGGAAUCUCAGUUAACAAUAGGAAAGAAGAAAUUCCUGAUGCCGCUGCAGAAGCAAAAAUAGUCAAUGGUAAUGGAAUACUGAAGCCGGCUUUGAGCUCCCCGUCUGAGACUUCAACUAGACGCUGUGCAGCUGCCCCUGCAUUUGACGUGAGACAGGUAUUAAUUGAUAAGGCAAGAUCAGAAAUCGGUAGGAAGCUAGAAGAGAUGAGGUUGGCGUCACAAGCAGCAGAUCAAGAGGCUGAGAAGAGAAAUACACAUGCUGAAGUUGAUAAAUCCAAGACGAUUAAGGUAUCAGGUGCAAUGGGUGCUGGCUUCCAAUCAGAACUGAAGAGAACUGCAUCUAUGUCGAUAACAGUUCCAGAUUCCGACUUCCAUAAUUUUGACCAGGGCAGAUCAGAAGAAUGCUUUAAGCCAAAGCAGAUAUGGGCCCUGUAUGAUGAAGAAGAUGGUAUGCCUCGGUUGUAUUGUAUAAUUCGUGAAGUCAUCUCACUGAAUCCAUUCAAGAUCUAUAUAAGCUACUUAAGCUCGAAAUCCGAUUGUGAAUUUGGGUCAGUAAAUUGGUUGGAUUCUGGAUUUACCAAAUCUUGUGGAAGUUUUAGAGUGUUCCAUUCUGAAAUGGUUGAGCAAGUCAACAUCUUCUCUCAUCUUCUUAGCAGGGAGAAGGCUGGUAGGGGAGGUUGUGUGAGAAUCUAUCCAAGAGGUGGAGAUAUAUGGGCUGUGUAUCGGAAUUGGUCACCAGAUUGGAACAGAACAACCCCAGAUGAAGUUAGGCACCAGUAUGAAAUGGUUGAGGUUCUUGAGGACUAUUCUGAAGAGAAUGGGGUCUGGGUAACUCCUUUGAUUAAACUCAGUGGAUAUAAGACUGUAUAUCAGAGGAAUGCAAACACAAAUGCGAUUAGAUGGAUCCCAAGAAGAGAGAUGUUACGAUUUUCACACCAGGUGCCAUCUUGUUCACUUAAAGUUGAAGGUACUAACUUGCCUGAGGGUUGCUGGGAUCUUGACCCUGCUGCUACUCCAGAUCAGCUACUUGAAGGAGAAACUGAACCUCAGAACAAUAUAAGUCCUGGUUGUGCAGAAAAGAGCACGGAAGCUCCUCAAAACGAGCAAUUUCCAGCUGAACCUAAAGGAGAGUCUGAAGAAAAGUUAAGUCAAUGUCAGAUCUUUGCUUCAACUCCAGUUGCGAGGCCUCAGGUUGAAGGUGAAGCAUGUGCAGAGAAGAGAAAACCUGUGGAGCUUUUCGAGGGACAAGAAAGAACUCAGGCGGAGCUUCCUCAAGGAGAUUAUACAAUAAAAGCCGCAGCUGAAGUUUCUCGGACUGAAGCAAUUGCCAAUGUUUAGGAAGAGCUAAAGGCAAUGCAACAAUGGUAUCCUACAAGCGACACCAUGCGGCAACAAUACGGGCUUGGCAAACAUGAAAGUGCAAACGACAUAAAAACUGAACUACGGGAGUCUUUGCGUUGGGAGAUUCAAAA